AUGCUAAAGGCAGAACACCAGGAGACUGGAAACAAGAGCAAGACCCAUGACAAUAACAAUGAAGUAGACCAUCCUGUGCAACAAAAGAAACCUGUCAGUAUAAAUGAAUGUUAUCAAGUGGUUCUGAAUGAUAAAGAAUUCAAAAUGUCUGUAAAGACACAGGCAUGCAACAGUGGCUUAAUUGCACUUUGUAUACUCAAAUAUAAACAACUGGAACAUGAAAACAAAAUCCAGAAAAGAUCCUUGGAGGAAGCAAACGCUGUGAAGGAAUUAGAACACUGUGAAAUAGUGGAGAUAUCAGAGACAGUAGAAACUACUGCACUAAUGUCAGUUGUGAAAGAAUCACCAAAGUCUGUUGGAAUAGACACCCAGGAGACAUCCCUCAUUGUGGUGCAAGAGUCAAACAAGAAAGAAUUGGAUGAGUCUGUUAUUGCAAAACAAUCCCAGGUGACAGUAGAUACUGUGUCACAAGAGUCAGAGCUGAAAGAAGCAGAUGAGUCUGUUACAAAAGAAACCCAGGCGACAGUACAUACUGUGCCAGAAGAGUCAGAUAUAAAAGAAUCGGAUGUGUCUAUUACAAAAGAUACCCAGGAGACAGUAGAUACUGUGCCACAAGAGUCAGGUGUGAUACAAUCGGAUGAGCUUAUUGCAAAAGGAGCCAGGGUGAUAGUAGAUACUGUGCCAGAAGAGUCAGAUGUGAAAGAAUCAAAUGAGUCUGUUACAAAAGAAACCCAGAAGACAGUAGACACUGUGCCGGAAAAGUCAGAUGUGAAACAAUCGGAUGAGUCUAUUGCAAAAGAAUUGCAAGUGAUAGCAGCUCCUGUGCCAGAAGAGUCAGAUUCAUAAUUGUGACAGAGCUUGCAAGAUGUCUGAACAAAAACAAUGCUGCAUUUCAAGACCCAGGGAGACAACAAAAGGAUGGAAGAAUACUGAACCUGUAUUACUUAGAUGACAUGAAGUGUUCUUUCUUCCAUGUAUAUAUGUAUAUUGUGAGAAAAUGGAUACUUGGGAGCAUAAUGGCAAUAAAACAUGCUUUAGUCAUUUUUCAUUGUGAAAUUCUAACAAGAUGACCUAUGUUUACAGACAAGUUAUGACAUAUUGAAUUAUGGGCAAGCAUUAGAUGGACAAACAGCAUUAUUGAAGUAAUGAAUAUGAAUUUGCAACAACUUAAUGAAGCAGUUGUUGAUAGAUGGUCUUGGUGUGAUGAGAUCAUGAAAUGUCAGACUCUAGUAAACAGCAAUGAUGUUAUGAUGAAUUUGAAUUACAAGAGCACACAGAUACUACAUUUUUAUUUCAGAGGAACACAAUUAAUUCAGUAUAUUUAGUUUCAGUAUAGGGUGCUCAAUUCAAAGAAAACCAGGGUAUGGCAUACGUUUUCUGUAGUUGGUCUAAGUUAAGUUAUGAAGUCAAACCAUUCAGUUAAGGCACUGAGAAAACUUGAUGUCCUUCCUUUCUAUUUUUGCAGUAUUCUUAACAUGAGGAAUCCCCUGCCAAGGGUGACCCGACAUCCACCAGUAUACCAAAGCCUUUAAACUAUCACAAAUUUAACAUGCCAUUUUUACACAUCCUCAGUCAGUUGUGUUUUUUUUAUUAACUGAGAAUUAGUGAUUUGCUAAACACUGCUACUCAAAUACUACUCUGCACAUUCAUACUGCAGAUUUCAUUUAGCCAUUUAGUCAUUUAUGUUAGCCACAAUGUCAAAAUAAUAUAAAUGAUUUUAUAUUUUAA